AUGACUGACCUUGUUAUCGGAGGCGCUGGCUUCCUCGGCUCGACACUUGUGCGUGCGCUUGUCUCCGAGGGUCGGAGCGUUGUGGCCAUGGACAUCCGCGAGCCCAAGGACAAGGUAGCCGGAGUCCGCUACGAGGUGGCUGACCUCCGCGACGUGGAGGCCAUGAAGGCGCUGCUCUCUGGCGUGACCACUGUCUACCACACGGCCUCGCUGACCGAGACCAAUGGGCCUUCUCGUCUCUUCCACGACAUCAAUGUGGUUGGCACACAGAAUGUGGUCGCCGCUGCUGUGGCCAACGACUCGGUCAAGGCUCUGGUCUACACCUCGUCGGCUUCGGUCGUCUUUGACGGGCAUGACAUCCACAAGGGCGACGAGUCGCUGGCUAUUCCGCCAAACCAUCUCGAUGCCUAUUCGGCGUCAAAGGCAGAGGCAGAGGCUGUCGUCCUGGCUGCUGAUGGUGCCGCCGCUGGUCGCCUCCGCACCGCUGCCAUCCGCCCGCACACCAUCUUUGGCCCAGGCGACGUCCAUGUCUUUCCCCGCAUCUUUGCCAACGCCGCUUCCGGCAAGAUGAAGUACAUCCUUGGCUCGGGCACCGUCCUUCACGACUACACCUACGUCGACAACUGCGCGUACUUUAUUACCAACGACGAGCCGCGCAACUUCUGGGAGACCACAUACUGGCUUGUCAACGAGAUGGGCUACGAUGCUUCCCCCAAGUUCCGCAUCCCGGCUGCCGUCGCUCGCUUCAUCGCCCUCAUGUUCACCUUUAUCGCCUGGAUCGUCUCGCCCUGCUUCGCCUUUAAGCCGCUCCUCACCUCUUACGUCGUCGCCAACGUCACCACCUCGCACUACUUCUCCGUCGACAAGGCCCGCAAAGAGCUUGGCUACGAGCCCAAGGUCAAGCUUGACGAGGCCUUUGCCACCACCCUCCGCUGGUUCCGCGACAACGGCUACGGCCAGUGA